AUGCCUACAUUUUCUUUAUUGGACUUGCAGACACCAUACCCCAGCUCAUACGGGAUGCCUUGGUCUUUUCAUAACUUGAUCGAGUUAGAUGUAAACAUAAACAGUUAUGUUAAGAAGAUUAUUCCAUCCCGUGAGUUGCUGCAACUGCAAAAGCUGGAAAAGAUAACUGUAUUCUCAUGUUGGGAGGUAGAGGAGGUAUUUGAAACUGCAGGGAGAAAUAAAAAUAGUAAUUGUAGUAGUGGUAGUGAUUUUGAUGAAUCGUCACAAACUACUACUACUACUACUACUACUCUUUUCAAUCUUCAAAACCUCAGAGAAAUGAAGUUGAAUUAUCUAUGUGGUCUGAGGUAUAUAUGGAAGAGCAAUCAAUGGACAGUAUUUGAGUUUCCAAACCUAACAAGAGUCGAUAUAUGGGGAUGUGAUAGGUUAGAACAUGUAUUUACUAGUUUCAUGGCUGGUAGUCUAUUGCAACUCCAAGAGCUUCGUAUAGAGAACUGCAAGCAUAUUGAAGAGGUAAUUGUUAAGGAUGCAAGUAGGGAUGAGAUUUAG